AGCGAUCAAGGGGAAGGCCCUAGCGGACUUUGUGGUAAAAUGCACCGCAAGGGAAGUAGAGUCCAACGGAGAAGAACCCGAAGGAAGCUGGUGGACCAUAUACACUGAUGGCUCGUCCGCGACCGAUGCUUCGGGGGGGAGGCGUCGUGGCGAUAUUACCAGAAGGUUUUAAAGCAUAUUACUUCGUAAGAUUCCGUUUCAAGGUCUCAAACAAUGAGACUAAGUACGAGGCGCUUCUCUGCGGAUUGAGGCUGGCGGCAUCAUUGAAAGCUGAGCGGAUCCAGGUCAGGUGUGAUUCCAAACUGAUAGUGGGCCAUGUCACAGGAGAAUUUGAAGCAAAGGAUGAGCGAAUGAAGAAAUAUAGAGACACCGCGUUGGAGUUGCUUAAGGCAUUCGGAGCGUACAGGAUAGAGCAGGUCCCUCGAGAAGAAAAUGCAAGGGCGGACAUCCUGUCGCAGCUUGGUCCUGAUCCCUAGAUCAUAUCAGGGCGAUGACUCGGGAAGAAGAGUUACUUGAACCAAGCAUCAGUCCCGGACAAGUUUUGGUCAUUACACUUAAUGAGCCGGACUGGGUUGACGA